AUGGGCAGAUUAGCUCUACGCAAGGCUUCGCAUUUUGUCCAGAAGCGACUCUUCACUGUGUCUCACCUCUCCGCAUCAGCUUCAGGCUUCCGCAUCAACGCCGAUAGACUGGCAGAGACACUUCACCACACCUGCCAAUGGGGUGCCGCUCAUCGAUAUGGAGACGGCCCGACAGAGACGGGCAUGGCGCGCCUUGCCCUCUCCGAUGAUGACGCCCAAGUAAGGCGCUGGUUCGCCGAAGAGACGCAGAAGCUGGGGUGCAACCUCGUAGUAGAUCAGAUGGGCAACAUGUUUGCCAACAAACGCGGGUCAGCGCCAGAGCCCACUCCCAUGAUUGCCAUGGGGAGCCAUCUUGAUACUCAGCCGCGAGGUGGCAGAUACGACGGUAUUCUGGGAGUCGUGGCUGCUGUCGAGGUGAUGCGCACGCUUGCGGAGAAUGGACACAAGACUCACCACAACGUUGGAAUCGUCAACUGGACAAACGAAGAAGGCGCUAGAUUCCCCAAGUCCAUGAUGGCAUCCGGAGUAUGGGCUGGCAAAAUCCCACUCGAAGACGCCUAUUCACUUCCCGACAUCAUGGACCCCUCAGCCACAGUCAAGUCAGAACUCCAAAGGCUGGGCUACAUUGGCGACGUUGCCUGCUCUUCAACCGGGUACCCCCUAAAAGCUCACUUUGAGCUACACAUCGAGCAAGGUCCAAUCCUCGAACAAACGGGAAAGAGGAUUGGCGUCGUCCAAGGAGGUCAGGGAUACCGUUGGUUCACUAUUACCGUCACUGGCCGAGACGCCCAUACAGGAACAACUCCUCUUAACAAUCGCAGCGACCCCCUCUUGGCAGCCGCUAAGAUGAUUGCUUCUUCCAACUAUGUCGCAAAGGAUUUUAAUGCCCUGGCAUCUACCGGCGUCAUCAAAAUCCCAUCAAACUCGUCUACUAAUACAAUCACUUCCCAGGUAACAUUUACGCUUGACAUCCGCCAUCCCGAAGACGCAGUCCUCAACGUAGUAGAAAAUCGCAUAUUCGAGUCCUUCGAAGCCAUCGCCAAAAAAGAUGGCCGUGGCGUUCAGCUCAACUGGACCCUUGAUACUGAUUCUCCAGCCACAUGGUUCGACCCUGACUGCAUCAAGAUGGUCGCAAAGGCCGCGACCGAUCUUCUCGGAGAACAAGGCUGGCAAUACAUCACCAGCGGAGCAGGUCAUGACAGCAUCAAUACGAGCGGCCAAUGCCCUACCACCAUGAUCUUUGUUCCCUGUAAAGACGGUGUUAGCCACCAUCCCGAAGAAUACUGCAGCCCAGAGGACUGUGCUAUUGGAACCCAGACGCUUCUCGAAUCGGUGCUUAAUUACGACAAGCUCAAGCAAAACAAUCACUAA